AUGCCCCUGGGCGGACUCCUUCGCAAGCGGCGCAGGGUCGACCCGGCUGACGAGGUGACAAAGGAGAAGAAGAACUGGAUGGCCAUCGACCGCACUGUUGCGCCGCUACCUGCUUCGGCUCUUCCCUCUUCCUCGACGUCUGCGUCACUCCCUGACUCGACACCAUCACGUGCCCCCCUCGCACCAGUCCAGGGUGGUACACCGAUUGCCGUCGACCAGGAGAACCUGCCCGAGGGUCUGGAGGGGGACAUGCUCUCGCGCCUGCUCGAGCUGAACACGGAGCACACUCGCCUGCAGAUGCUCUACGAGGACCUGUAUGCCCGCUACUCGAUGCAGAAGGAGCAGCUUGCCGAAGCAAGCGAGGCGAUUGAGGAGCUUGGUGCCGCGGUCGAGAAGCGCGAUGCUCGUAUCCGUGUGCUCCGCAUGACAAUCAGGCGGCUGAAGGGCGGCGCUGGCAGCCAGCAAGGACGGCAGCAGUUCCCCGAGGGAAGUGCACCGGGUGCUUGA